ACGCCCUGUUAAAGCUAUUUUGCUAACGCUAACAAAAUGGCAGCGUUCUUACAGUGGAGAAAAUUCGUCUUCUUUGACAAAGACACGGUGAAGGACCCUGUGGAUAAUGGGAAAAACUUUGUUCUUCCACACGGAAUAUCGGCUUGUGACUCCGGCCGCGGUCAUAUUGUUCUGGGAGAUAUGGAUGGCAAGAUCUGGCUUUUGACCCGCUCCCUGCAGUUGACAUCUUUUCAGGCCUACAAGUUGCGGGUAACGCAUCUCUACCAGCUGAAGCAGCACAGCAUCCUUGUGUCAGUGGGGCAGGAUGAACAAGGAAUAAACCCUCUAGUCAAGGUCUGGAACCUUGAAAAGAGAGACAGUGGAAAUCCUCUGUGCACUAGGAUUUUCCCCGCAAUUCCCGGCAACAAACCGACAGAAGUGUCUUGCCUCAGUGUACAUGAAAACCUCAACUUCAUGGCUAUUGGCUUCACAGACGGCAGCGUGGUUUUAACUAAAGGUGACAUCACCAGAGAUCGUCACAGUAAAACUCUGACUCUUCAUGAGGGAACCAGCCCAGUCACAGGCCUCGCUUUCCGCCAGGUGGCAAAGGUCACCCAUCUGUUUGUUGCCACUCUGGAGAAAGUCCAUUGCUACACCCUGUCUAUCAAGGAGUACGCUAAAGUAGAGCUGGACACAUACGGCUGUGCGCUGCGCUGCUCCUCCCUGGCAGAUCCCUCCCAGGACUCCCAGUUCAUUGUGGCCGGUGAGGAAUGCGUGUACCUGUACCAACCCGAUGAACGAGGGCCCUGCUUCGCCUUUGAUGGACACAAGCUGUUGGCGCACUGGCACCGCGGAUAUCUGUUUUUACUCAUUAGGGAUGCCAAGUCGCCCAACAAGACAGAGUUUGGUAGCAGCUCUCCAUCAGACAAGCAGCUUCUGACCAUCUAUGACCUGGACAACAAGUUCAUCGCCUACAGUGCCUCCUUUGAUGACGUCGUAGAUGUGGUGGCAGAGUGGGGCUCGUUCUACAUCCUCACCAGAGAUGGAAGAAUGUCUGUUCUUCAGGAGAAAGACACACAGACCAAACUGGAGAUGCUGUUUAAGAAGAAUCUGUUUGUAAUGGCCAUAAACCUGGCUAAGAGCCAGCACCUGGACAGUGACGGGCUGUCGGAGAUCUUCAGACAGUACGGGGACCACCUUUACCUUAAGGGAGACCAUGACGGGGCCAUCCAGCAGUACAUCCGCACCAUUGGGAAACUAGAGCCAUCGUAUGUCAUCAGGAAAUUCUUGGACGCGCAGAGGAUCCACAACCUGACCGCAUAUCUGCAGGCCCUGCACAGACAGUCACUGGCCAACGCAGACCACACCACACUGCUGCUGAACUGUUACACCAAGCUGAAGGACAGCUCCAAGCUCGAGGAGUUCAUUAAGAGUAGUGAAAGUGAGGUCCACUUCGAUGUUGAGAUCGCCAUCAAGGUUCUUCGGCAGGCCGGUUACCACAGCCAUGCUGUCUUCUUGGCUGAGAAACACAUGCACCAUGAAUGGUACCUGAAGAUCCAGCUGGAAGACCUUAAGAACUAUCAGGAAGGGCUGCGUUACAUUGGACGUCUGCCUUUUGAACAAGCUGAGAGCAACAUGAAGCGUUACGGCAAAACACUGAUGCACCAUGUUCCUGAAGGCACCACGUGGCUUCUGAAGGGUUUAUGCACCAACUACCAACCCAGUGGAGAAGCUGCUGAAAGAGACAGCCUGGGUAGGGGUCGGGCCAACAAGGCCAACUCCGAGGAAUUCAUCCCAAUUUUUGCCAACAACCCUCGGGAGCUGAAAGCCUUCCUGGAACACAUGAUGGAGGUGGACUCCCGUUGUCCCCAGGGAGUGUAUGACACACUGCUGGAGCUCCGGCUACAAGACUGGGCGCACGAACAGGACCCUGUGAGGAAAAAAGUCCUGCAGGGGGAAGCCGUGUCCCUGUUGAGGAGUGACAGCACUGUGUUCGAUAAGGCCCUGGUCCUCUGCCAGAUGCACAACUUCAAAGAAGGCGUCCUCUACCUUUAUGAGAAGGGUAAACUGUACCAGCAGAUUAUGCACUACCACAUGCAGAAUGAGGAGUAUGGGAAAGUGGUAGAGGCCUGCCAGCGCUAUGGGGAUCAAGAGGGUUGCCUAUGGGAGCAGGCAUUGGGAUACUUUGCCAGGAAAGAAGAGGACUGCAAGGCCUACAUCAGUGAGGUCCUACUUCACAUAGACCAAAACAACCUGAUGCCUCCAUUACUUGUGGUGCAAACACUGGCACACAACUCGACAGCCACUCUCUCCGUCAUCAAGGACUACCUCAUCAAUAAGCUGCAGAGGGAGAGCCAGCAGAUAGAGGACGAUGAACGCAAAAUCCACCAGUACCGUGACGAAACGGCUCACCUCCGCUCUGAGAUCCAGGAGCUCAAAACCAGUGCCAAGAUAUUCCAGAAGACCAAGUGUAACAUGUGCAACAGCCCCCUGGAGCUGCCGUCUGUUCAUUUCCUGUGCAGCCACUCCUUCCACCAACACUGCUUCGAAAGCUACGCCGAGAGCGAGGCUGAGUGCCCAACAUGCACUCCAGAAAACCGCAAAGUCAUGGACAUGCUGCGUGCCCAGGACCAGAAACGCGACCUGCAUGACCACUUCAACAGACAGUUACGCAGCUCUAAUGAUGGUUUCUCUGUCGUGGCUGACUAUUUUGGUCGAGGAGUGUUCAACAAACUGACUCUGGUCACCGACCCACCUGGCAGCAAAACCGUCGGGAGCCUGGAAGUGAACCUGCAGAGAGACCUUCUCGUCCACACCAAGAGAAAUUGCUGAAAAGCUCAGCUUGUGAUGACUGUUUGAAUCCUACCUGAGCAGGCACUUUGUGUGCAGCCUCACAUCAGGACAGCCUCUCCACCAUAUGCUUUGCCGCUUCACACUGGGGUGCCACUUUAUUUAGCAGUGAAUGCAGCUGCCUGCUUUUAGAAGCUGGGAUGUACCUAUUUGCAUUGUGUUUCUAGUCAUGAAGCACUGGGGACUGUAUAAAUGUACUUUAGUUAAAAACAUGUAAUACUGUGUCUUAAACCUUGCUGAAUCACACCUUUUUGAGUAUUUUUCUUUCGAUGCAUUUGCUUGUACUAAUUAUAAAUCUUGCACAUAACACUCAAAAAUAGGUUAACUGUCUCUCAUUGAUGAAAUUAUCUGAUGUCUGCCACUCUAACUUGAGGAUUCAAAUUGUGAAUAAAAUAAUUAUUAAGUGAA